GCUGCACAGCUUCCUGCUCCCCUAGAGCUGCGCAGGGGCAGAAGGCAAGUGCCUGGCUGGGCCACGAGACAAGUUUUGUACUAGGGUCCUGGCAGCUUCCUCUUCCACAGCCACUUCCGUGUGGCUGGGGCCCCAGAGGCAGGAGCUUCUUGUUGCCCAGGCCACCCCCACCCCCAGUUCGGAGCCCUGCCCUCUGGGUCCAGGCCAGGCCCAGUGGCCUGUGGGGAUCCCAUGAGGGACCGGUAGGGCAAAGGUCUUGGGGGACAGAGGUGGUUGGACCUGAGCUCUGGGGCUCCGGCCAUGAAGUCUCGGCAGAAAGGAAAGAAGAAGGGCAGUUCGAAGGAGCGGGUGUUUGGGUGCGACCUGCAGGAGCACCUGCAGCAGUCAGGCCAGGAGGUGCCCCAGGUGCUGAGGAGCUGUGCAGAGUUUGUGGAGGAACAUGGCGUGGUGGAUGGGAUCUACCGCCUCUCAGGGGUUUCCUCCAACAUCCAGAAGCUCCGGCAGGAGUUUGAGACAGAGAGGAAGCCCGACCUGCGGCGGGACGUUUACCUGCAGGACAUUCACUGCGUCUCCUCCCUGUGUAAGGCCUAUUUCAGAGAACUGCCAGAUCCCCUGCUCACUUACCGGCUCUACGACAAGUUUGCUGAGGCUGUUGCUGUACAACUAGAGCCUGAGCGCUUGGUCAAGAUUCUAGAGGUGCUUCAAGAACUCCCUGUCCCCAACUACAGGACCCUGGAGUUUCUCAUGCGACACUUGGUGCACAUGGCCUCAUUCAGUGCCCAGACCAACAUGCACGCCCGCAACCUGGCCAUCGUAUGGGCCCCCAACCUGCUGAGGUCUAAGGACAUAGAGGCCUCAGGUUUCAAUGGGACAGCAGCCUUCAUGGAGGUGCGAGUGCAGUCCAUCGUCGUGGAGUUCAUCCUCACACAUGUGGAUCAGCUCUUCGGGGGUGCUGCCCUCCUCUCUGGUGGUGAGAUGGAAGGUGGAUGGCGAUCAAUGCUAGUGCCCCGGGCAUCAGGCAGCCCUGAUGACCUCAUGCCCAGGUCUCUACCUUACCACCUGCCUAGCAUCCUGCAAGCUGGUGAUGGACCCCCUCAGAUACGGCCCUACCACACUAUCAUUGAGAUUGCAGAGCACAAGAGAAAGGGGUCUUUGAAAGUCAGGAAGUGGAGAUCUAUCUUCAAUCUGGGUCGCUCUGGUCAUGAGACAAAGCGAAAACUUCCACGGGGAGCUGAGGACAGGGAGGACAAAACCAAUAAAGGGACACUGCGGCCAGCCAAGAGCAUGGACUCACUGAGCGCUGCAGUGGGGGCCAGUGAUGAGCCAGAGGGGCUGGCAGGGCCCAGCAGUCUCGGGCCAGGCCCACUCCUUCCUGAGAGUUUGCAGAACAAUUCUAUGGAGGCAGUAGAGGGUGAACAGGAGCCUGAAGCAGAGGCACCAGGUGGCACGAACUCGGAGCCAGGCACACCGAGAGCUGGGCGGUCAGCCAUCCGAGCUGGGGGCAGCAGCCGUGCAGAGCGCUGUGCUGGUGUCCACAUCUCAGACCCCUACAAUGUCAACCUCCCGCUGCACAUCACCUCGAUCCUCAGCGUGCCUCCCAAUAUCAUCUCCAAUGUCUCCUUGGCCAGGCUCACCCGUGGCCUUGAGUGUCCUGCCCUACAGCCCCGGCCAAGCCCUGCCUCAGGCCCGGGCCCUGGUCCUGGCCUUGGCCCUGGACCCCCAGAUGAGAAGUUGGAGGCAAAGCCAGCUCCGGGUCCCCUGGCUGACUCAGGCCCAGCAGACAUGAUUCCUGCUCUGGAGGACUGCCUGUCCCAGGAGGUGCAGGAUUCCUUCUCCUUCCUAGAGGACUCAAGCAGCUCAGAGCCUGAGUGGGUAGGGGCGGAGGAUGGGGAGGUAGCCAAGGCAGGAGCAACAGGAGCAGCCUUCUCCCCUGGGGAGGACGACCCUGGGAUGGGCUACCUGGAGGAGCUCCUGGGAGUUGGGCCUCAGGUGGAGGAGUUCUCGGUAGAGCCACCCCUGGAUGACCUGUCUCUAGAUGAGGCACAGUAUGUUCUGGCUCCCAGCUGCUGUUCCCUGGAUUCUGCUGGCCCCCAGCCUGAAGUGGAAGAGGACAACGGGGAGGAAGUCUUCCUGAGUGCCUACGAUGACCUAAGUCCCAUUCUGGGGCCUAAAUCCCUGACCUGGGAGAGUGUAGGGAGUAGGGAAGAAGAGGCAGUAGGGUCUGAAAGGCAAGCUGCAGGGCAGGCUGAAGAAGAUCAGGCAUGCUGGGAAGUUGGGGAGGACAAGGAGGCAGGGCCUAGAAGCAGCCUGAGCAUCAUAGAAGAGGCUGAGGGCAGUCCAGAGCCUGAGGUGAUGGAUGGAAAGGGUGGUGAGGAAGGAGAGGAGGCUGAGGGAAGCCAAGAGAUGAUGGUUAGCUUGGAAGAAGAGAAGGGGGAAGAGAGGGAGGCCAAGGGAGAGAAGUCUCAAGGACAGAAGGAGGUUGAAACUAUAGAGGAAGCUAAGAGUGGGGAGGAACCAAGAAGAGAACAGCAUAAAGACACAGAGAAGGAAAAAAUAAUUGAAAAAGAAGAGGCUAGGCAAGAAGAAGAGGAAGCCCCCACAGAAGUUGGAAGGGACCCAGAGCAUGGAGCCCAGGAACACCUGGUUGCUAAGGAGAAGUGGGAAGCUGUAUACAAACAAGAGACUGAAGGAGGAUGGCAUGAGGUCAAAGAGCAGAAGGGGGAUGAGGACCAAAAGGCAAGAGAAGACCAAGGACACAGUGAAGACAGCAGAAGCACAGAAGCAGCAGCUAAAGGAGGAGAUGGGGAGGUCAGCAAGGAAUGGGGAAGUGGGGUUGAACAGGCUGAGGGAGACCAGAGGGCUGGAGAUGACCAUUUGGAAGAAGGGGUCCUCUUUGAAGGGCCAGAUAUAGAGUCCCUAGAAGUUGACAGUACCAAUGAGGGCAAUGUCCAGUUUUCUGAGAUGGAAAAGGCAACCCCACAGCCACCCCAGUCAGAGGAGACAGAACCUGAGGGACAGCUGAGUCCCGUGGGUUGUGAUCUGUGCCCCUGUCCCUUUGGGUCAGCUGGUGGUGUGGGUAUGCGCCUGGCUUCUAGCCUGGUUCAUGUCCAACAGGUCCGCUCUGUGCCUGUGGUGCCACCCAAACCACAGUUUGCCAAGGUGCCCAGUGCAAUGUGUAGCAAGAUUCAUGUGGCACCGGCAAACCCAUGUCCAAGGCCUGGCCGGCUUGAUGUGAUUCCUGGGGAAAGGGCGUGGGUGUCCCGAGCUUCCCGAUCUUCUUGGAGGAAUGGGGGCAGUCUUUCCUUUGAUGCUGCUGUGGCCUUGGCCCGGGACCGCCAGAGGACUGAGGCUCAGGGAGUUCGGCGGACCCAGACCUGUACUGGGGGAGUGGACUACAGCCUCAUCAACAGAACCUCCCCGUGUCGCACCAUCCCUGCCUACUCUCCUCGGCCCCUUAGCUGCCUGGAACUCCCACCUGAAAGUGCAGAAGAAUCUGGACCCCGAAGUCGGCUUAGUCUGCCCUCUGGAGAACCCCAGCCACCUGUCCUUCUUUUGUCCCCCCAGCGCAGAUCAUAUGCAUUUGAAACACAGGUAAACCCUGGGAAAGGAGGACUGUGAUUAGGAACCAUGCACUGGGCAGAGCAGACCAAGUUAUCUGGAAUCUUUGGGGAGCCUGAUUGGCUGUCUCUUUUUUCCUGAGCAGCUGUAGUGUCUCAGUUUACAGGUCUGGGCCCUCCAGCUACUCUCUGUGACUGUGGGAGGCACCAUCUUGGUGGGUUUAUUUGAGCUUGCCUCAGACACAAAGCACUCUAGAGAUUCUCAAGAAAGUCAGCAAGAUCCUGUUCCCAUGAAGAGUGCUCACUGACCAAAGGGGACACAAAGCAGACAGAAAACUUAAGAGACUUUUCAAAGUGAAGAAUAGAAGGGGAAUUCCAACUAAGCUCCUUCUCUGAGGCUUCUCUGAGGCUGUGAACUUCUCUUUGCGGAAGCUGAAGGUAGAGGCGGGGAACACAAGACCAGGUCAAAGUCCACACACAGAAAAUUCUAGAAUUGCCCAUUCCUGUUCUGUUCUUAGACCCUUCAAUAUCUCCUGUCCUACUUAGCUCCAGAUCAGGAGGAACAUGUUCAAGAAGCUCUUUGAAUCCUAGUGUUGUUGGAAAGACUGGACCCCAUCUUUUGUCUCCAAUCAUCUUACAGAUGAGAGGUCCUGCCUGAGAUUUCUCUACCCCUUCCUUUUUCCCUUGAAAUAACUUUCUCCCAUUUUAGGAAAGAGGAACAGCAUGAGUCAGGACCUAGGACUGCUUCUGUAUACUGGUGGGGCCUUAGGCCCCACUAUAGUGAGGGUGAAUGUUUCAGAAUAAAAUUUGUAUUUUUACAUUUGAA